GUUCACAGAAAUGGUGGCCAGACCUGACACCCGCCAGAUUUUUAUCCAGUCAGCUAUCAACUUCCUGCGUCAACAUGGUUUUGAUGGCUUUGACCUUGACUGGGAGUACCCAGGCAGCCGAGAUAGUCCUGCUAUAGACAAAGAACGAUUCACAGCUCUGUUAGAGCAUCUGCAUGACGCCUUCCUCCAGGAAAGUCAGAAGUCAGGGAAGAAUCGACUCCUUCUGAGUGCAGCAGUUCCUGCUGGUCGAUACCAGGUGGAUCGUGGCUAUGAGGUCCAGAAAAUCUCCCAGUUUCUAGAUUUCAUCAACCUCAUGACCUAUGACUUUCAUGGCACUUGGGAAAGGACUACUGGUCACAACAGCCCCUUGUACAAGAGGCAGGCUGAGAAAGGAGGAGCAGCUGAAGCCAAUAUUGAUUUUGCCGUGAACUAUUGGCUGGAGAAGGGGGCCCCGGCAAACAAAUUGAUUUUGGGCAUGCCCACCUAUGGUCGGAGUUUUACUCUUUCCUCUCCUUCUGACACAGGGGUAGGAGCCCCAGCUUCUGGGGCUGGGACUCCUGGCCCCUUCACAAAAGAGGGAGGUCUGUUGGCUUUCUACGAGGUGUGCACCUUGAAGGAUGCUACUUUCCACAUGAUAGAAGAGCAAAAGGUGCCUUAUGCCUUCCAAGGCAACCAGUGGGUUGGCUUUGAUAAUGAGGAGAGCUUCAAAACCAAGGUUGGAUAUCUGAAGCAGAAGGGACUGGGUGGGGCCAUGGUCUGGGCCAUUGACAUGGAUGAUUUCCGAGGUACCUUCUGCAACCGGGGUCCGUACCCUCUCAUCCAGACACUGAAGAGGGAGUUGG